AUGCUCGCUCGUGCCCUCACUGUGGACGAACGUUCAAACGCACCGAGCACUUGGAGCGCCAUGUGCGGACGCCGGAUCGCUUCUCAUGAGGACGGGUCCGAGUCUCCGGAGGGGCUUUCGGAGCCGGACUCCGGUCACACACCCCAUGGACCGGUUGAGGCAGACCUGGCCGCCGCCGUUUCUCUCUCUGGCAUGAGCGUUGACCAUUGGUCACAACAACCACAAGCACAGCCUGCCGAGUUGUAUCCUAUGGCCGUUCCUCGGAAUGGUGGUCUGGUAGAUGCGUCAUAUCAGCAGACUUUGAUAACAGAUCAGUUCUACGAAAAUGGCAAUCAGGAUGCUGUCGGAUUCGACGCCCACUUCAGGGAAUUCGCCAAUUUUCUCGAUGGCGUCGGACUCCCUGCGGAAUGGAGUCCUUACUUUCACGGUCCAGACAGAGACAACGAUGUCGUUGACCCAGGCAUGAGGGAUUCACGAGAGGGGACAGCCACGCCCGGGCCUCGCAGUAGGACUCGACCCGGAACUCCCUUCAGUUCCUGGCUGCCUUCUGCGCCCACCGGGAAUCGCAUCUCAGAGAAUUUGCCCGAUGCAAUUCCUCGUUCCACCGACACAGACUCUCAGCCGUACCGCGUCUCGGAUGAUCAACGUUCUCGCCUCAAUGCCUCCAUUGAGACCUUUCGCGACAUUCUCGACCCAGACUUCAAGUUCCCGUCUCGUCAUGCUCUCACCCGCUACUUGACGUCUUACUUUGAAGGUUUCCACUCGCACAUGCCUUUCCUUCACACGCCAACGUGGCGCAUAUUUGAGCAUUCGCUGGAACUUAUCCUGGGUCUCGCAGCUGUAGGGGCUCAGUACUGCUUCGAGCACCGCAUGUCGGAACGGCUAUUCUACGCCGGCAAGACCAUUCUCAUGGAAAGACUGGCCCAUGAAUCUGAUAAGUUUGGACCCAAGACUGGCUCCUUUCUCAACCUACACAAACUUUCACCUCAACGACGGGAAUCAAGGGCCACACAAGAGCGUGAUUGGGGGUCUUGGGAGCCCAUCGAGACAGUUCGCGCCUUGAUAGCGCUCAUGGGCUAUGCUACGUGGGAACCGAAAGUAUCCCUCAUGCAAGAAGCUUUCGCCCUGCAAGCUCUUCUAGCCCAAGUCCUCCGUGAAGUAGGACUUCACGAAGAGGAUGAACCAGUGCUACCUUCCGACCCAACCAGUCCUCAAAGCGCGUGGCAUGCCUGGGUCCGACAGGAAUCUGUGCGACGAGCGAAACUCAUCGCGUUUUCUUUCAUGCACACGCAUAGUAUUGCUUACAAUGUGUACCCGGUUCUGCGCAGCAACGAGGUCGGCCUUCGGUUGCCGUGCUCGACCGGAGAGUGGAAGGCAUCGACAGCUUUCCAGUGGCAGAUUGCACGACGUGAGACGGACAAGCAGCAGCUCUUCUUUCAAGAUGCUCUGUCGCUUCUGCUGAGAAAUACCGACGGCACAGCGCCUCUCGAUCCCAUCCCUACGCCACUGGGUAACUACAUGCUCCUUCACGGUCUUUUGCAGAGAAUAUACAUAGUUCGCGAUCUCUCACUUCCAGUGAUGGAUCAUUCGGCAUCCUUGCCAAGCGAAGAGGUUGACAAACUGGAACGUGGCCUGCGAUCGUGGACGGCGGGUUGGCAACAAGCUCCGGAAUCGAGUCUUGAUCCUAAUAACGAGAACGGCCCAAUUCCUUUCACAUCCAGUUCUUUACUCGGCCUCGCUUAUGUCCGUAUCUACCUUCACCUGGGUCCAUAUCGACUUCUCGAGACGCGCGAUCCGGUCCGUAUCGCCAAAGCCAUCAAUCGAGCACCGGCUGUAGAGCGAAGCGGCGGGGUCAUCACCGCGCUUCUGUACACUGCUCACAUGCUCAGCAUUCCCGUCAGGCUUGGCGUAGAUCGCGUUGCUCGCAGCCAGGCCUUCUUCUGGAGUGUCAGGCACUCCCUAUCUGGUCUUGAGUGCGCAGUGCUGCUUAGCAAGUGGCUUUUUUCUCUCACAGAAGCAACAACCACGACGCCGCUCAGUGACAGUGAAGACAGAAUCCUGCAUUGGGUCCGGUGUAUCGUCGAGGAGGCAUACGAUGUGGUUGAUUUCGGCGAUGACGAUUCCGAGAUGUCGGCAGAUCGGAAUCCCGCGUCGCUGAGUCUUGCGGUUCUCCGGAUAUGGGCCCAUUUCUUCAAGAGCAACACCCAGUGGCCUUUUAUCAACAUAAUCGGUCAAAGUCUGGAAAAGUAUCGAGAACUUCUUAUCCGGAGCCGACUGCAGCAGGCGACCUGA